UUUCAGUUAUAAGUUAUAACUUUGUCACUAAUUACUCCGUAUAUUUCCAUAACAAUACACCUCUUAAUUCUUAAACAAAAUAAUUACUUCCUCAGCUAGGAUAAAGAAAUACUCCAGAAUAUACGGAGUAUAUAAUUAACAAAAGUAAUCCAUGUUGGUGAUAUUUACUAGCUGUCCCAACGGUGAACGCGUAUAGAGCGAGUCUAGCGGCCAGGAAGUUUAAAUAUUUGCAGAAAGAUCUUUAUAUCUCCAUAUGAUUCAUGUUUCUCUUCAUUUCACUCUACCACCUCAGCACUCAAUAAAUAAAAAUCACUUUCUCCUUCCUCCGCACUCUCAAAAUUAAAACACUCUUCCCCCAGCUCAUUCCCACACAUUCCUGACCUCGUCGGAGAUCGGCGGCGCGGCGCGGCGUCGUCAGCCUGACUGAACCCUCUCCGGUGGUGAUCUGAUUAAUGUAGGGUGAGUUUUGUACGUGGGUUUUCGUAAAUAAAAUGCAUGCAUGGAGCCUUUGUGCGAGUAUUGUGGAGUGGUGAGGGCGGUCGUGUAUUGUAGAUCGGAUUCCGCCCGCCUCUGCCUCCACUGCGACGGCUGUGUCCACUCCGUCAACGGCCUGGCGCGGCGACACCAGCGAUCUCUGGUCUGCGACCGAUGUAAUUCCGAGCCGGCGACGAUUAGGUGCAUGGACGACGACAUUUGCAUUUGUGCUUCCUGUGACUGGGGCUGCUCCGCCCAGGGCCACCGCUGUAAGGGUUUGUUUCCGUACACCGGCUGCCCUUCUCCGGCGGACUUCACCACCAUGUGGUCUUCCGUUCUUGAAUCUUUGCCUGACGAUCAUCAGCACCCAAAUAUUAAUAACAAUAUUACUAAUGAGAAUUACAUUAAUACUACUAUUACUACUACUAAUAAUAAUAUUAGUGGUAUUGACAAUAAUAAUGUUAUUUCGGCUACCUGCUUGGCGGCCGAAUUGAAUAAUAGUAAUGGUAAUAGUAAUCAGGGAUUUGUGGCUAGUCGACUCAACGAGUUGGCCACAUGUCUGAAGUUCGAUCCAACGCAGCCGUGGGUCGAUCCUUCACAGCCGCAACAUGACACUGCAUCCUUCACAACGUUUGGUAGCAGAGACGAAAUGCCCUUCACCGCAGGUGGUGCCGUCGAACCCAAUAGCCUAAACAAGGUUCUUCUAAUGCAAUUGCUACUUUUGUUUAAGUGCUUUCUCCGUCCCACUCAACAUUGCAAUUUUAGUAUUCACAUGUUUAAGAGAAGUGAAUUUCUUUUUACUCUAUGAUUUUGAGUAUCAAUUUUGUGUCCAAUACUUAUUAUGCGCUUUAGUUAAAAAAAUUGUGUAGUUUGGUAAGGGUAGAGCUAAGGGAGGGACAACCUAGGCUCUAGUCCACCCCAAAUUUAAAAAAUGUCUUUCUUAUUUUUAGGGUAAAGAUUCUGUGUAAACUGGCCCAGUCUAGUGUCCUGGCUCCGCCCUAGUUUGGUAACAUCAAACUUUUAAAUAUUGAUAGUAAUAUAGAUAGUUUAGGGGAAGAGCUAGCUUCAUGGUUAGUGAAGCAUAGUAAACUGAAAUUGACAAAGUUGUAUGGGAUGGUGGUUGUGAUUGAUUGAAUUCUUGCUUUGAUUUUGGGGUUAUUUUUGUUCUUCUAAUUUGGUGGGGUUUUUAUAGAGUUGUGACAAUUCAAGGAGUACUCUAGGGCUUAGUGAAGGUUGUGGUAUUUGCCAAAGCGUAAGGAGGGGCACUGAAGAAGACGUUCCAUUGAGUUUCAAUGGGUAUGAUGAGAUGUUUAGCCAAUGUCAGCCAAGAUUUAAUGGAGACGAUGGAGGACUGGCUGCUUGCCUGCAGGCAAUGGAUAAUACCUUCUCAGGCACUGAAUCUAGCAGCCAUCUUACUUCGUCCUCAGGGAAGCCGCUAGAACGCCGCAUGAGUUUAGAUUCCUUGCAUAAUAUGGGCGGUUCCUCCAUAACCAGUAUGUUACCCAACAUGGGCGUCAUCCCCCGCAUGAAUACCAACUGCGGCAUCCUCAUGAACCCUAAUUGCAUAAAAAACAACAUUGGCUUAGUAGGGUUCCCGCCGCCGACCGGGCAAGUCCUUUCCGGCGGCGGCAUGUCCAUGGCUCUUUCCAACGUCACCGGAGACAGCUGCGUGGCGGAUUAUCAAGACUGCGGCUUGUCGCCGGCGCUUCUUAACGCCGAACCCAAAUGGGAGUCCAACUUUGAAGUCACAUGCAGCCCACAGGCACGUGACAAGGCCAAGAUGAGAUACAACGAGAAGAAGAAAACAAGAACGUUUGGGAAGCAAAUAAGAUAUGCAUCACGGAAAGCCAGAGCUGAUACAAGAAAGCGUGUAAAGGGUAGAUUUGUUAAAGCUGGCCAAGAGUUUGAUUUUGACCCCCAAAAACAAUAGCUAAAGGAUAUUUAUUCUGAUCGAUCUGUUCGUUAUUGAUUUAUUUAAGGCCUUACAUGGGCAUUAUUGCUUUCAAUCAAGGGUGUAAAUAUGGUUUUGUUGGAGGACCUGGCUUCACCAUUUGUUCGACUAUGUUGGCUUCUCAUGGGUAAAUUAAAUACCCAUAUGCUUGAUCACAGCUACACCGAAUUGUUAUUCAAUUCAUGCCAAUAAGCAGUGCCAUUGAGUUUCAUGCAUGAUGAUGAAGGCCGCUACAUGAAUUCUCCACAUAUACAUAUAUGCCCAUUCAGUCCUACUAUCAAAUAUAACUGCUCAUCUUUAUUCAACUACUCGUAUAUGUUACAUUUUGAAGGGGGAGACACUUCAUGAAGAAAUAUAUACCUUAUACAUACAGAAAAUAUCGAUAUUCAAUAAUAUAGAUCGGUUUCUUACUAUUUUAAUUCAUUCCGGGUAUAAUUGGGAUAUUAUACAUUUAUGUUUUCCUGUGAUGAAUACAAAUAAUUCAACCCAUAUACAUAGGAGGUAUUUCCUUCUAUGUAUCAAUGGAAUUGUGGAUUGAGGUAUUCUUUUUUAUUUUCUACGGAGUAGUAUUUAUGGAAUGAUGAUGGGGGAGAAUGUGGUCUGAAUGUAAUUUAUCGUUAAUAAAUUGCUUAACCGUCUCUUUGAAUCCUUUCUCGUAUAUGAUAAUCAAUAACUA